UCUGAAUGGUGAGGGAGAAUCCUGCUCUUUCUUAAGCACCAGCAAGUCAAGCCAGGACUAGAACGCCAGCCAGCCGCCCGCCCUCGCAUCACCUCCUGUCCUCCAGAGCCAGGAGAGGAGCCCAGCUGCGGCCAGAGUCGGGGACCCACACGCACCUGCACCUCCGCCACCACCCCACACCUCCCAUGGCUGACCAGCUGACAGAGGAGCAAGUGGCCGAGUACAGGGAGGCCUUCAGCCUGUUUGACAAGGACGGGGAUGGCACCAUCACCACCCAGGAGCUGGGCACCGUCAUGCGGUCCCUGGGCCAGAACCCCACGGAGGCCGAGCUGCAGGCCAUGGUGAGCGAGAUCGACCGUGAUGGCAACGGCACCGUGGACUUCCCCGAGUUCCUGAGCAUGAUGGCCAGGAAGAUGAAGGACAGGGACAGCGAGGAGGAGAUCCAGGAGGCCUUCCGCAUGUUAGACAGGGACGGCAACGGCUUCAUCAGCACCGCCGAGCUCCGCCACAUGAUGACCAGGCUGGGGGAGAAGCUGAGCUACGAGGAGGUGGACGAGAUGAUCUGGGCAGCCGACGUGGAUGGGGACGGGCAAGUGAACUACGAGGAGUUUGUCCGCAUGCUGGUCCCCAAGUGAGGGGCUGGGGCCCGGAUGCUGCGGCCCCCGCCCGUGCUGUCCU